GAAAUUUGCAGGGAAUCUUUACAUCUCUUUUAGCUCAUACGAAGAUCGCUGAGCCUAACAAACGUAUCCUUUACAAUAUCCAAAUUCAAUAGACAAACCUUUUAAAACCCUUUUAUUAUUUUUGCUUUAUGUUUCCUUUAGACUCAGGUGAUGAGCUGUCCUUCAUCUCUUCUUUUAGUCCCUACCGACAGUACAAUGAUACUUGUAAUAUAACCAACAAUUCAGGAAAAAGCCAACGCCGUUGAUUAACGUGCUAUGGACACUGCUGAUGACACCAAUAGUGAUUACAAUAAGAGGAAGAUGAUGCAUAGAGAUAUUGAGCGUCAAAGAAGGCAAGAAAUGGCUACCCUUCAUGCUUCGAUUCGGUCUUUACUCCCUCUUGAAUACAUCAAGGGAAAGCGUUCGAUGUCGGAUCAGAUGAACGAGGCCGUGAAAUAUAUAAAAAAUCUUGAGAUGAGAAUCAAAGAACUUGGUGCCAGGAGAGAUGAACUAAAGAAAAUUUCGAAUUCGAGUACUCAUGGCUCAGAAAGUGGAAGCUCCGAUCUAAACGUAUGUGAAAGCAGUAUCGUCGUCAGCCAAAGUCUUAUCGGCGUGGAGGUCGUUUAUAGUUGCGGUUACCGAGAGCAUGGUUUGCCCCUAUCAAGAGUACUCGAAAUACUGCUUGAUGAAGGACUUUGUGUAGUUAAUUGUGUCUCCAACAAAGUAAGGGAUAGGUUACUUCACACGAUCCAGGCUGAGGUGAAUGAUCCAUCAUGCUUCAGCCUGGGCGAGCUGCAAGAGAAACUAACAAGUGAAGUAGCAUGAUAGCUGUGAUUUUUUCAAAAAUUUCCACCCUUGUGCAGCCACAAGCUAACGCUGAACCUGAGUUGCUUUUUAAUUAUUCAGUGAGAAUGUUUGAGACUUCUCGCUUUUCAGGUUUUCGUUAAGAGAAACUUUGGUGGAACAUGAAAAAUGAUCAAACAUCUUUUGACCAUCUUACGUAAAUAUAUCAAGCGAAUUCCACAAACUCAUGUACAUAUUUUCUCUUUGAGCAUUUUGUUCAUAUGUUUUUAUUUCUUUUUCUGGAGAAAAAUUGUGCAUAUCAU